UCAGAUGCCAACGCCAAUCUCAGAGAGAUAUCAGAUGACAAUGCCAAUCUCAGAGAGAUAUCAGAUGACAAUGCCAGAAUUGAGAGGGAAGGAGAAAGGACAUAGCAUGUCUACAGUGACUGUGAAGGAGAAAGGGGCUGUGUGUGGAAAAAAGGAUUAUAUGAGGAUUCUACAACUCUAUAAAUCAGCUCUCCAACCACAAACACAAGAUGUGACUCCUGACCUGAAGAUGCCCCUGAUGAAACGUAAGACUGUUUAUAACAGCAGCAGCAGGGACAAUGAUCUGGAGAGAACUAAGCAGGUGGCAAUACAGAAGGAGAUAUCUAUGAGUAAAACAAGGUCAGAGAUUAUGGAGAUGGACAAGGCCAUUGCAGCAAAGCGGCAACAUGUGAACACACUUGAACAAAUCCAUGAGGCGGAGAAAAACAGCUAUGAAGAGAAGCUCAAGAUGCUUGAAUCCAUGGAUGACAGAAAACAUUUUGAAAGAGAUUCCAAGUCCAAACAGGGGCUACAAGUAGCCAAAGAGAAGUUAAUUGGUGAAAUAGGGACCUUGAAAAGUGAACUCGCCAAGAAUGAGGAUAUCCUGGAAAAAUGUAAGUGGUACAAGAACAUUCUGUUCAAGAUGUCACCUCCUGAGUGGCAGGAGGCCAAGAAGGCAAAUGCUUUGAAUGCUAAAGUCCUGUCUGGCAGAAAAGCUCAGGAUGAACAGAACAGGGAGCCUCAAAGAGGUUUGGAGUCCAGUCCAGAUACAAGGACUUCCACCAGAGAGCCCACGCUGUCCUCAGCCCACGACACACUGGUGACACAUUCUAAACUGGACAGUGUCAGCUCGGAAUCUGAGGAGAGGCUGGAGCUAUACUUCUCUGAUGCCGAGCAGAUACUUGAUGGAAUAAGGAAGUUUGAACAAGAGGUCUGGACCCUGAAUCAGCACACUACAAAGUUUGAUGAUGUACUGGACAUCAGACGGCGCACCAUCGAGGCAACCUUGUUGAAACUUAAAGAGCAAGAUGAAAUGCUAACAUUGCAGGUAAGUGACAUGAAGGACAAUAUAGACAGAGAGAAGAAAAGAGGAGCCAUGCUGAAAGAGUGGGUUCAGCUCUAUGACUCCACAUCAGACGAGGAUACUACAAGGGAUGUUCUGAGUGCGAAAGUGGCAGAAGUGUAUCGCUGCUGUGUGGAUAGCUGUUUUCCACUAUUCAUCAGGCAGAAUAUGAUCGGAAUUGAGGCAUAUGUGGCGUCAUUGGAAACACAACUGGGCAGCAUCCCUACAGAACAAUUGAAGAAACUGAAAAAGGCCCAGCGCAAUGACAGAAUGAAGAAGCUGAAUGAAGAAAAUAUGAAGAUGCUGCAGGAUAAACAGGAAGAAAGGAAUGAAAGGUGCAGGCAAAGAGCCCUGGCUGUCACCCAGAAAUUGGGUGUAAGAAAGCUCAUGACCAGACAAAAGCCUUUUGAGAAGCGCGUUGAGCCGAAGAUCUUUUCUGACGAGGAUGAAUUCUGUGCCUCCCUCUUCACUAAGGGCGUAGACAGUAUGGCCUCAUUUUGCCAGCCCAAAGACAAAACUAACACAGGGCAGGAUUCUCUGCAUGAGUUUUCCAGAGCAGAGGAUAAACUUGAGUACUCUGAACACAAGAAGCUGCAGCUACCUUACAGAAAGAUCAGUAAGUUCAAGCUGACCCUCGCCCCACCCGUUUCCACAAAAGAAGCACCAGUAGGGCUGCCCUGUCUCCCUGCUGGGGUGGAAGCGUCCCCCUACCGUGAUGAAGGUACAGGAGAAUCAUUGCCCAGAAACGGCACUGGUCAAAUCCGGGCCAUCAAGCCAUACUUGGAGCACAACAAGGUGCAGCUAACUUGCAAGGACAAAAGUAAGAUCGAUCUGCAGCCAACCCACCUCGCACCUAUUUCCACAAAAGGCAGUGGUCAGACCUGGGCCACUGAGCCUUACUUGGGAAACAACGAGCUGCUGCGUUUCCUCUCUCCCUACAUUUAAAUGUCUUCUUCUGGGUUUACUCCGGGCGCUCCGGUUUCCUCCCACACACAAAAAGCCAGGUUCUGUUGAUCAGACCUUUCUGUGAGGAAUUCAAAUUCUCCCAAUGUGUGGGUUUACUCCGGGUGCUCCGGUUUCCCCCCACAGUCUAACAAUGUUAGGUUAAGGUAAUUGGCAAAAAAAAA